UCUCGUGGAAAACCUGCAUGAUCAAUAGCUUUUUGGUUGACGUGGAGACAUCUAAAGAGAUACAAGGGCUUCAAGCAAGGCGAAAGAUGGAGCAAGACCACCCACCUCAGUGUCUCUGGAGUCCUGAAGUCUCACCAUUUAAACCUCCACAAUCCAACGAUGCGGUCAAGAGUUCACCAAGGAUUUUCCCGAAUGUCCUUGCUCAAAUCGGCAACACACCCCUCAUUCGAAUCAACAAUAUUGUAAAAGAGUAUGGAAUCAAAUGUGAACUAUUGGCUAAGUGUGAGUUCUUCAGUGCCGCCGGGAGCAUUAAGGACCGCAUUGCAUUACGGAUGAUUGAGGAUGCUGAAAAACAGGGGAUUCUGAAACCAGGUGUUGUCAUCAUCGAACCGACAUCGGGUAACACAGGACUCGGUCUGGGGUUAGUGGCUGCAGUGAAGGGCUAUCGCUGCAUUAUUGUCAUGCCAGAAAAGAUGAGCUCAGAAAAGGCCGAUGUGUUAAAAUCCUUGGGAGUUGAAAUAGUGAGAACACCAGAUGCUGCAAACUACAAUGGCCCUGACUCACAUAUUCAAGUGGCCUGGAGACUGAAGAAAGAAAUUCCAAACUCAUAUGUGUUUGAUCAGUAUCAAAAUCCAGGCAACCCAUUAGCACAUUAUGACACAACGGCAGAGGAAAUUCUGGAACAAUGUGGUGGGCAAGUUGAUGCUUUGGUGGCAGGUUGUGGAACUGGCGGUACCAUCAGUGGCAUUGCGUGGAAGUUCAAGGAGAAAUGUCCCACCUGCCAGAUUAUUGCUGUUGACCCUGAAGGUUCGAUUAUGGCCGAACCAAAAGAACUAAACAGAACAAGUGUGACUUCGUUUGAAGUGGAAGGGAUUGGCCAUCAAUUUAUACCUGCAGUACUGGACAGAAAAGUAAUUGACAAAUGGAUUAAGACUAAUGAUAAGGAGUCUUUUGCAAUGGCACGGAAGUUAAUCAGAAUGGAAGGAUUGCUUUGUGGUGGGAGUUCCGGCAGUGCAAUGUGUGCUGCUGUUGAAGUGGCAAAAGAGCUGAAUGAAGGGCAGCGCUGUGUUGUGAUACUCCCAGACACUGUCCGGAAUUACAUGUCCAAAUUUCUUAGUGAUGGCUGGAUGGAACAGAAAGGGUUUCUGCAUGUGGAGAAUGACCAAGAAAGUUGGUGGGAUACACCGAUAAAUCAAAUGAAGCUGCCCACAGUACAGACAGUCGCUUCCACCAUCUCCUGUCAAGAUGUCAUACAGAUUCUUAAAGUAAACAGCUUGGCCAAUGCUGUGGUUGUUGACUCCAGUGGCACGAUACAAGGUAUAGUCACACUAGGAAACAUUGAGUCAUUGGUUAAGGAUGGAAAGCUGCAGCUCUCUGACCCUGUGACUAAAGUUAUUUACAAGUGGUUCAAUAAGGUAAAUUUAAAUGACACCCUUGGAAAAAUCUCUCAGGCUUUGACACUAAGUCACUUUGUGAUAAUCGUUGAACAAAUCCAGGAUAACGACAGUGGUGAAUGUGAAAAGUGUGAAGUGGUGCACAGUGCUUGCACGUUCAUGGAUCUGAUGACCCUUAUCACGGCUGAAGCAACCAAAGAAAACCAAGCCACUGAUGUUAAAAGUUCUGGCAAACCACUAUGGCAAUUAAUUCAGUGAACUGGAAUUGAAAGAAGCUUGUA